UUCAGUCGAAGCUCGAUGGCGGCUAAACAACUUGCCAAAUUGCUGUCGGCACAAGUGCGCCAAAAUACCAGAACCAUAUCCAGUCGUACGUUCGAUAAAAUGCCGGAAUCGCAAGGAAAAAGGGGUGCCUUUAUCGUGCUGGAAGGAUGUGAUCGCACCGGCAAAACGACGCAAUGCAAAACGCUGGUUGACAAAUUGAUGCAGGUGAACAUACGAGCCCAGUACAUGAACUUUCCGGACCGAUCGACCCAGUGCGGUCAGCUCAUAAAUGGUUAUCUGACGCGCAAAGACGACUUCACGGACGAGGGCAUCCAUCUGCUGUUUACGCUGAAUCGCUGGGAACGGAUGAAGGAGAUGGAGAAGCUGCUGAAGGCUGGCGUCAACCUGAUCGUUGACCGGUACUCCUACUCGGGCGUUGCAUUCAGCAGUGCCAAGGGUCUCGAUAUGGAAUGGUGCAAAGCGCCCGAGUCGGGGCUGCUGAAGCCCGACCUCGUGAUACUGCUUACCCUGUCGAUGGAUGCUCUGGCGAGGCGCGGAGGCUUCGGUGACGAGCGGUAUGAAGUGGCCGGCUUUCAGAAGAAGGUGAUUGAGCGGUAUGGCAUGCUGAAGGAUGACCGCUACUGGAAAGCGAUUGACGCCGAUAAGACAUUCGACGAUGUUACCGCAGUUCUUUACGAGGAGGUGCUACGUGCAAUUGAACAUUCCGGCGACAAGCCGUUAGAGAAGUUAUGGUAAAUGUUGUCCAUGUCCCCGCAACGGUAUGCAUCGUGCAUUUAAGAUAAGCUUUGAAAGUGUUAAAAUUGUAAUAAGAAGACCAUGUUGCAUGUAGAACCAAAAGAUGCAGAGAAGUUCGUUAUCAUAUACGAUGUUUGAAAUACAUUUUUAAGGAAAGGUGAAGUUGAAUUGAUAAA